UAAGAAUUGAUGCUAGUCGGUCAGCACGUGGGGAGGAGAGUGACUUUCCAUAGUUUGCACGGGGACACGGAUUGAAAAACUUGCGUAUUGGUAUUAUUUCACUGUUGAUUUCAUCGUGGCGGCGCCGAGGACCUUAAAACACCGUUUAGCUGCUAGUGUCCUGUGGAAAUGCCGCUGAGGUUUCGCUCGGUCGUGCCCUACACGCUGCCCGGAGUCCUCGCCCUAAUCGGCUGGUGGUGGUACAUCUCCCGAAAGAAAGAUCGGGUUUUGGGCCACAGCGAACUCAAACGACCCCCCUCCUCCGCCAGCCUGCGAACUUCACCAACAGAGGGCAGCAACGGUGUGAUCGAAAAUGGCACCAACUCUCCCACAGAUGAGACCGCAAGACCAGACAGCCCUGUGCACACAACUGCAAAGAGACUGGACCAUGAUAUUAGCUCACACGCUCAAGAUAAUGGAGAUGCGACAUUAAGAGUAGAAGAAAGCGUAGGUUUAAAGGAUGAGACGCGAAACGAAAUGCGCUCAUCUGAUUUGGACAUUUGCGAAUCAAAACAGGAAGUUGUUUUGUCCACGCAGCUUACCAAAGUUUCACGUUUGGAUCCCAAUAUUUCAGAGGAAGAAAGGCCCGAACCGGAGGGCGAAGUUGCGACAGCGUGCGCAGUUAGCCCGUUGCAAAGAGUGGCGCCGCAAAUCGAAGUAGAAACGCCCAUUUUGUUGCAGGAUUUCCACCUAAAUGUCCUAACAAGCACACCAUCUUUGCCACUAUGUGCAGCAGAAAUGCAAGAAUUUAUCUGUGAGAAGGUAGAUCAACAGCCAAAAGAAGUCGAGCCAGAUUUGGAGCUCCUCGCAGCUGGUUUGAUAACAGAAGUCAUCUCCGCAGCAACGCAAGAAGUCAUGGGUGACGCCAGCUGCCCGCUAUUGGAAAGUACAAGAAUUUGCUCACAAGAAAUAGACAAAACAGAGCAUGAAUUACUUUCGAGAACAAGCUCCGAUGUCCAAAAUUCUGAAGAGGGAAUGUCAAAUGGCUGCAGCACAGAUAUAGUUAUGGACAGAUCAAACUGUUCAGGGCAAACAAAGCCGAAAGUUGAAGGCGUUUCGGAGGAUGAUUUGGCUUCUAGUACGCCAUCGGAGGUCAGCAGUGAGGACUUACACCCAACAGAUAAUAUCCAAGUGACUGAUUUGUCUGCACCAGAGGAGGAGACGCAGAUGGAGGUGGUGGGGUUAGAUGGAGCAGAGCGGAGAGCCCUGAGUGAGGAUGGUUCUGUGGAGGGAGUGUGUGACCUGAAGAGGCUGAACGGGAUGAGCUUGGGCAACGGAGCCCACGGCACCGACGCAGAGACAGACCAGUCCGGAGGAGAGGGCUCUGAUGUGAACAGUAUGGACUCUGUGGACAGCGGCUGCAUUGGAGAGAGCAACCACAGUUCGUCCAGUUCAGAGGUCAUCAUUUGGGAGAUCGAGGUGCCAAAGCAUCUGGUGGGGAGGUUGAUUGGGAAACAGGGCAGAUACGUGAGCUUCCUGAAGCAGAGUUCAGGAGCAAAGAUCUACAUCUCGACUUUACCGUACACACAGGAGUUCCAGAUCUGCCACAUCGAGGGAACGCAGCAACAGGUUGACAAAGCCUUAGCUCUGAUCGGGAAAAAGUUUAAAGAUUUGGACCUGACAAAUUUGUACGCACCUCCAGCUCCUCCACUUACACUCCCCUCACUUCCCAUGACAUCCUGGCUGUUGUUGCCGAGUGGAGUCACGGUGGAGGUGAUCGUGGUGAACAUCGUUUCUGCCGGUCAUGUGUUUGUUCAGCAGCACACUCACCCCACGUACCACGCCCUGAGGAGCCUGGACCAGCAAAUGUUCCUCUGCUACUCUCAGCCCGGGACGCCCGCCCUGCCCUCGCCCGCUGAAGUGGGUGUGAUCUGUGCUGCGCCGGCUGGAGAAGGCGCCUGGUGGAGAGCUCAGGUCAUCACGUUUUACAAAGAGUCAAGCGAAGUCGAGAUUCGAUACGUCGACUACGGAGGAUACGACCGCGUCAAGAUCGACACACUGCGGCAAAUCAGAUCUGACUUUGUAACACUACCAUUUCAAGGUGCUGAAGUUUUGCUUGACAACAUCGCACCACUUCCAGGUAAAAUAUUUUUUUCAUCCGAAGCCACGACUGCGUUAGAGGAGCUGACCAGAGGAGUAGCACUUCUGGCACAGGUCUCAAACUAUGACAACAACACCGGGCUCCCAUUGGUCCAUUUGUGGAAUAUGGUCGGAGAUGAGGUGGUCUCUGUGAACCGUACAUUGGCUGAACGCGGGCUUGGCGUUUGGGUGGACAGCUUCUAAACUUCCAUCAAAUCUGGACCCACCAUUAUUUUGCAACACCACUGGAUCUAAUGAGGAGAUUUUUUUUUUUUUUUUUUUCCGUUUUUGUUUUUUCUUUCACCAUUUUGCCCUAUAUAUCCUUAAAACUUCAAAAUAUUAAAAUGAUUUGCAGGCAAUCUACACCAACAUGGCACUGCUUCAGUCUGUACAAAGGAGUGAAAUAAGAAGAGGCACUUGUACAUUUUUAAAAAGAUAAAUCUAUAUUGUAAUUAAAUAAAGGUUCGCCAAUAUUUUUUCCUCCUCACAUUUUCAACAAUAAUUUUGCUAUGGGCCCUUUGCAUGUACACUCAAUCCUAAUGCAAUGUCAAAGGAAUCCUCU